AUUUCCAACGUGCUGGGCUGUGCCGCUGUUAAAGCCUCCUGCUCCCCCUUGCUCCCAAGACCUCCUUCUGGACUUAACUGCUGCAUCAGGAGUAAUCACCUACCUACAACUAAAUCUUACCCUGGUGGAGGAAGGAUUAUAAUCUUGCAAGGUGAUGCUGGAGUCGGUAACUCAGAGCAUGUUUCUGUCAAACACAAUGGUUUGUGAUCCCCUGAUGUCUUGGACAGAGUUAUCUGGUACAACCAAAGAUGACUAUGCCACCUGUGAUCAUCAGAAAGAUUCUUAUUCUUUCUGGAUGUCCAUCCACCCGGAAUACUGGAGUAAGCACAACGUCUGUGAAUGGUUGCAGUUUUGCUGUGACCAGUACAAGCUAGAUGCCAACUGCAUUUCCUUUUCCCGCUUUAAUAUCAACGGCUUACAGUUGUGCAACAUGACCCAGGAAGAGUUCCUAGAGGCUGCAGGCAUUUAUGGAGAAUACUUGUAUUUCAUCUUACAGAAUAUCAGGAUGCACGGCAUUUCCUUUUUUACUGAUGCAGAAGAAACAAAGCUAUCCAACAAGGACUGUGACCUUUUGACCAAGUUGCCACCAGACUCAGGAGUUCCUUCUUCACUUCUCACGUUACUCUGCAGUUCAGUCCCAGCCUGUGAUAAGGCAUGCGUGAGGGCAGGUAGCAUCAAUGGCCAAGAAUGUCACAGUCAUGGUAGAACAAACCUGCAGAAUUCUCAUUUGUGGGAAUUUGUAAGAGAUCUGCUCCUUUCUCCUGAAAAAAAUGGUGGCAUCCUGGAAUGGGAAGACAGGGGACAAGGCAUUUUUCGGGUUGUUAAAUCAGAAGCUCUGGCAAAGAUGUGGGGACAAAAGAAGAAAAAUGACAGAAUGACAUAUGAAAAACUGAGCAGAGCUCUCCGUUACUAUUAUAAAACUGGCAUUUUGGAACGAGUGGACAGAAGGCUGGUGUACAAGUUUGGAAAGAAUGCCCAUGGAUGGCAGGAGAACAAGAUAUGAACUGCCCCAUGCUUCCUCCUCAGCAUGAAACAUGCCACAGCCUGAAUAACCCAGCUGCAAUGGACACUUAAGGGAGAGUUUUUCUGCUCCCUCUCUCCCCCCUGCUAGUCUGGAGGAAUUCAUUGUAGUCUGUUUCUUGAAACAGACUACAUCAACAAAAA